UUUACAGAGGAUGACUUGUCAUAUAAAACGCUGGGAAAUUUUUGUCUCUGUUCGCAUAGAAUAAUACAAAUAAGUCUGGGAAAAAUAGUGUUAAACCUCUUCAAACAAAUGGGUAACAAUUCUUUGUAUCCCUCACUGCGAACCGUAGGCUAUUAGGCUAUUUAGCCUGAUAUUUGGCUUAAGGAUGAGCCAAACUCCACAAGAUUUUACGAAAAAGACUAUAGUGGACCUCGAUUCGAAAGGCUUCAAGGACAAGUUUACCACAGACGUCCAUCAAAUAUAUUGGUCAAAACGACAACGAAAGAUAUGGGUUGCUUCGCUGUUUUUAGGCUCCGUUAUACUGUACGUAACUCGUGUCGCAGGGCCAGUUACAGUUGUCGCUAUGGGGCAGGAUUUGGGAUGGGAUAAAACUGUCGCUGGCUCAGUUCUUUCAAUAUUCUUCUGGGGCUACUCCUUCACUCAAAUUCUUGGUGGAUGGCUCAGUGACACAUACAGUAGUCAAAGCGUGCUGGUCUAUUCAUGCUUUGCUUGGUUAAUAUUAACCUUCAUCACUCCGAUUAUUGUCAAUCCUGAAUAUGCUGUGUUCAUGACGCCAACAUCAGCUUUACUACUUUUGAGGUUUUUGUUUGGCGCUUUGCAAGGUGUAUAUUUUCCUGCUGCCUAUAGCCUGAUAGGAAAACGUAUUGCUCCAAAGGAUAAAUCAUUAUGCACUAGUAUCGUCGCUUCCGGUAUAUCUGUUGGCUCCGUUCUAUCUGGUAUAUUUGGAUCCCUAGUAAUGUCAUAUGUAAACUGGCAUAUGGUCUAUUAUAUUUUCGGAGGAGCUGGUUUCCUUUGGUUUCUAUCAUUAAAAUAUUACGCAUUGCCAAACGAUAUUCGCGAGUCUAAAGAAGUCUCGAAGCUCAGGGAGGAGAGGCCACCUGUGCCUUGGAGGACUAUAUUUUCCAAACCUGCCAUAUGGGCAAUUGUGGUAGCUGCGUUUUGUCUUGGGACAUGUUUUGAUAUGUUGUUUGCCUGGAUGCCGACAUAUUUUCAUGACAAUUAUCCAGAUAGUCAGGGUGUCAUAUUUAAUGUUGUCCCUUGGAUGGGUCAUCCUUUGAUAGCUGUAAUGUCAGGACAUUGCGCUGAUCAUAUGAUAAGAUCAGGCUACACGAAUACAUUCGUUAGAAAACUAUUUCAGUCAUUUGCUCUGUUGGGACCAGCAAUAGCCUUAUUAUUAAUGAAUUAUCUAAAGACUUUUUGGAAUGCGAUAUUUCUAAUGACAGUUGCUGUGUCGUUCUGUGCGUUUAAUGCCAGUGGCGCCACUGUUAAUGUUCAAGAAGUGACACCAACCUACGUUGGAUUCGUAUUUGGGGUUAUGAACACUAUGGGGUCUAUUCCAGGUUUCAUUGGUGUGUACAUCACAGGAUACAUUCUAGAGACGACAGGUGACUGGGCGCUAGUAUUUCAGGUCACAGCAUUGAUAUCGAUGAUUGGCUGGGUCGUCUACGUCGUCUUCGGCUCAUCCAAACGGCAAGUGUAGCAGGUUGUUGGAGGAUGAAGUUGUGAAGAAUAGCUAUUUUGUGUGAAUUGGUAGUUGGGUAGAAAACUGGAUUCUGAAGACACCUUAUCCUGCAGAAAACAUUCAAGUCUCUUCUCUAUCAUGCAGUGUUACAUGCUGGCGUCAGCAUCCGCAUAUCUUUCCAGGAAAGUAGUCGAGUUGGGUCACAGAAAAGAACAAUUUGAAUCCAGUGGUCUGGGGUUCGUUUAAUUAGAUUUGAACAAUCCUUCAUUGCCAUUCAUCCUACAUUAGAGAGAUACCACAGAAGAGAAUACAUACAGAAUAUCACAGAGUACAUGUGUGCUGUCGUAGAUAGCCAAUUGCUUUUUUCAGACCUUUAUGGUAACUAUUUAAAUUCACUGAACUUACUAACGAUUAGAGUUGCCAAAUACCGUAUUUAGCGCUUACAGAGUCGAAGGCUAACAGCAAAAAAUUUCAAAAUAUGGCAAUUAAAAGAUAGGAAUAAAUUGUAGAAAAAUAUUUGGAAAAGGUAUGCAUGUUUGUAUACUGUAUAGUGUAGCUAGGUAGGUAGUAGAAAUGUGCAGAAAAAAUCAACAAAAAAAUGAGACUUCUCGGCUGGCUAAAAGUGGAUAGUAAAAAUUAUUUCUGCAUGAAGUUAUCUUAAUAUUUCACUUGAGAGGUGUCGUUUUUGGACUUGUACAGGGUGCCUCAAAAAAAACGCCACCACUUAAAUAUGCAAGAAUAUUAAUAUUGUUCGGGUUUGCACAUAGUUCAGCUAAAAUGACUU